GCCCAGGUUCCUCAGGAGAUGAUAGCAGGGGAUUGAUAUCGGGAUUCAUAGCUCUUCAUCCUCACUCUUCACUUCUUCACCUGCUCGCCGAUGCUUGAAGGCUUCCACGCUUCCACGGACGAAAUAAAACACGCGUGUGGAGCAAAUGAGGACGAAGUCACCGAGGAGGGAUCGUCCCAGUUUGACCACCGCAGAGAGUGAUUGAGGAGAGACUUGGUGUACUUUUCCACGCUUCCACCCACGAGUGGACUUUUGUGUUGUUCGUGCGUGGGGAGCAGCGCGUGGACAGAUGGCUGCGCUGACGAUUCAAAGGACGGACAACUUUUUGCACACCUUUUUGCAGGACCGCACCCCCAGCUCCUCUCCAGAGGGCCCCCCCAACGCCCUGUCCUUCCUGGCCACCACCUGCAGCCAGGCCUGGCAGGUGGGCGGCACCAUGGGCACCGAGGGCUCCCAGUUCCCCUACGAGGGCACGGUCAGUUCCACGUCGGGGAUGUUUCAGCUGUGGAGCAACGACAUGGCGCCCAGCACGGCCCUCAGCACCCACCAAAUGACCUUCACCGUGCCCAAGGUGCAGUUCCCUCACGGACACGUGCAGUCGGGCCUGGGUCACCACCACCAUCAUCAUCAUCACCCCCACCAUCACCAUCACGAGCUGCCCCUCACUCCGCCGGCGGAGCCCGCCCCGUCGUACUCGUUCGAUCUCUCCCCGGUCAAAGUGUUGUCCUCGCAGCCGCAGAGCAACGCCCCCUACUACCCUCAGCACAACAGCGUGGGGCCAAACUUCUCCAGCUUCCUCCAGAACUCCUCGGCCAGGCACCACUUGCCCGGCGGCCACGGGGAGGAAGCGCAGCAGUGGUGGAGCCUUCCUCAAAGCAACGCGCCCCCCUCGCAGCACCCCUUCGCCCUGGGCAGACAGCUGGUGUUGGGGCACCAGCCCCAGAUAGCGGCUCUCCUGCAGGGGACCCCCAAAGGCCUGCUCAGCUCCACGCGCCGCUGCAGACGCUGCAAGUGCCCCAACUGCCAAUCCAACGGCGGAGGCUUGGAGCUGGGCAAGAAGAGACUGCACAUCUGCCAUAUUCCAGAGUGCGGCAAGGUGUACAAGAAGACCUCCCACCUGAAGGCCCACCUGCGCUGGCACGCCGGCGAGAGGCCCUUCGUGUGUAACUGGCUCUUCUGCGGCAAGAGCUUCACGCGCUCGGAUGAGCUGCAGCGGCAUCUGCGCACGCACACCGGAGAGAAGCGUUUCGGCUGCCAGCAGUGCGGGAAGAGGUUCAUGAGGAGCGACCACCUCUCCAAACACGUCAAGACCCACCAGACCAGGAAGAGCCGGUCUGGGCAGCCCUCGCAGGUCACAGACCCUCUGCUCGCCAGCAUCAAGAGGGAGUAAUGGCGGCCGUGCAGCUUUCCUAAAUGAUCAAUAAAAACUUUGACUUUUGCACUGCGGGAUAAGCACGCCGGCUCCUCUUCAAACAUCUACAAACAUCUCCAAGGACUAAAUGUGUGCUUAAGAUCUGAUUUGAUGCCUUCACAGUUCCAAAAUGUGUUUGUUAUAUAUUAUUAUGCCUUAGUGCAAUUAAAGGUCGCCAUACAAGAAAAUGGGAACUCUGAGCUGAUGUUAAUCGUCCGCUUCACGCUUGUGAAACUCGACAAUCAUCUCCUGUCACUCAGUGAUGAUUUAUGUGUAAAUGAUGUGAAUUAUGUAAUCGGGUUAAUGGCCGCAUGUACAUUUGAAUAAACCAUCUCCGUGUUGAAACAAUGCACACUUCCUUAACGUUACUUUCUCCAUCCUGGCAGCUAAUUGCAAUAUGAAUAGCGAUGACAAUGGCUUUCAUGUCUUUUGAACGUGGGGCUUCUUCCCCGCCCGAGCUCAUCACAAAACGUAACAUUGUAUUUAAAUGAUGGUUUGCAAUAUACAAACGGCGGGCCUUUGUGCCGCCGGCGUGAAGGAAGACCAACAUGCUGAGAUGUUCAAAGGCCGUCGCACCUCCGAGUAAAUAGCGGGGCCCAUUGAUGGGGCUUUUUGUUGCGCCUCUGCAAUCAAGUUCACAGUCAUGCGUUCUUUCAAUGGCUGUUUUCUUUCUCUCCGUGGAGAAGAUUGAGUCAACAGAUGCCACGGAGGGCACCGGCCAGGAAUUUGCUGUGAAUGGGACCCCUGUUGCUGAGACCCCUUCAGUGGUGACAGAAAUUCCCUUUGAUUUUACACCCUUGUGAAAGUUAAUACCCCUCAACCCCCCCCCCUACGCCCAACCCCCGGGAGUCCGCUGUUGUAUGUCACAGUUGUGUUACGAUAGGCUCGGCUUUACGGCCCAAAACGGGGCUUUAUUCAGGGAGGCUGGCCUACCAGAUGUCGGCUCAUCCAGGGGUUCCCUCUCCUGGUGUUUAGACCGUGGGACGCUUCUUUGAGGGGGGGGGCGGCAGACCAUUGGGUGUGUUCUUGUAGAGUCCUAU